CAUCAUUAUACAUAAUGCAUAUAUUUAAUGUAUGUUCAUACACUGUGUGUGAUACUUACAAUUAUACAAUUCUACAUACACAUACGUAAGGACAUGCGCAUAUUCGUGUUAACGUGGGAUUUUUUUGAUAUCAAAUAAGAUAUUGAAGAAUCUAAUAAUUAUAAAGGAAGAAUAUAUAAUCUGCUUGAAACUAUUGUUUUGGGACGUUAUGCAGAAUCUUUGGGCUGGACUGCUGAGAAAUACAUAGCUACACGACUGUAGCUGAUGAACCUUUUUUUAUACUACUGGCCAAUACGAUGCAUGAAUAGUAAUAAUUUAAAAGCUGGUGUAAUUAUAACGGUAGUUUUGAUAAUCGUAAAUAAUCUUGUUCCAGUGAAAAUAUAACCUCACAUUUACUAGGACUUAUUGUUCCUUAUAUGAUUUCCAGUGUAUCACCUGUCUUCUUAUCACUUAACACACAUAAAAUACAUACAAAUUGCGUUCUUUAAUAUUAUAAUAUAUUCUAUUUGUAUAGACAUUAUCAAUGAAAAUUAUCUUUUUAAUUGCAUAUUUGAUAUAAUCCAUAAUAUCGAUGUACAUAUUUCCUAUGUCGAUGUUCAACAGUAUUGCCCAUAUCGUAUAUCCUCAGUGGCAUCUUUAUGAUCUCUUUAUCUUUUUAAAUAUAGAUACAGAACUUAUAUAAAGAUGACAUAUUUGUCUUUUUUCUUAAACGUUGUCCACAAGACAACGAUAUAUAUUUUACUUCUAAACAAUUUGCAAAGUUAGUGAAUCUUAACUUUGCAUUGCUAGUGACGGUUCUUAUGUUAAUUAUUUAGUUAAUUGUUUUGUGGUAUUUGUGGUUCCUGAAGAAAGAAUACGUUGUUAUACAAAAAAAAAAAAAUAGUUUAUUGCUUUAUAUCGAAAGUGUGUAAUGGGUGAUCUUUCUAUUCGUGGAUCAACUAUGCAAAAUUUUGACGAUCUCGACAUAGAAGGGCGCAAUCCCUCUCAUCUUUCAGAAGAAGACAAGGAAAAGGAAGAACAUGAUCGGAAACGUUUGAUGCGAAGCAGUGUAACUGCUGAAGAUGGUACGCUGAGACCUGUGUAUUCCAAAACGGAUGACGGUGACAUAUGGUGUCACAUUUGUAAUAUUGCUCUGUUUGGAGCACAUAAAUUGAUAAGUCAUAAUUCGUGUAAUCGUCAUAAAAUUAAGUUGGACGAAUGGCCAUAUCCGGUGUUACUAUGGUCAAAACGUUCUGACAUUGCGAAAACAACUGUUCCUGUACAGUCAACUGCUAUUACGGAUACUUUAGCUCCUGGUGAACCAGUACCACCAGGUAUGGAAGAUCAAUUAACAAGAACGACGACAAUUCAAGUGAGUUUAGAUCGUCAUAGAAGUUCACCACUCGUUGGUCUUGAAUAUUUACUUGAACUUGUGGACAAUGAUUCCUGCGAACCCAGUUAUACAUGUGUAUUGUGUGAUAAACGUGGUGAUCCACGUACCGUUAUGGCUCAUAUUACCAGUUAUAAUCAUCGAAUAACAUAUUUGAAUAGACAUUUUCCAACAAUAUCGCGAGCUAUUACUGAAUUACCGCGUACUUCUAAUUACAAACGUGGAGCUAAUGAAAUAUCAGUGUUAGCAGCAAAAAAAAUAGAAGAACGAUUCGGAAGACUACAACCUCAAUUGGUAGACAAAAAUCAAUUUGAAAAAAAUAAAAUGCAAUAUAUAAAAAGGGUAUUUCAAGACUAUCAUUUUAGGGAAACACCUGAGUUAACAUUUAUGGAAGUUUACGAUGUGAGAUGGGUGACAAACUUUGAAGAAAAGAUGGCUGAAAUUGCUGGUAAUAAUGGUAAUAAGAAAGAUUCUCAAUCAUCCGAAGAGAAAACAGAUGGCAAAUUUAAAAAGGAAGAUAAGAAGCUAGAAAGAUUAUCACCGAAGAAAACAGAUUCUAAACAAGAUGUUACAAAGUCGGUUUUCAAGAUACGUAUUCUUACCAAGGAUAAAUUAAAUUUACGUAAACCCAGUGAAAAAAGUACGGACAGUUUAAAAAAAUCACCUAAACGUCCAUCCGAUGAAACAAAGUCCCUAUCAUCUUUAUCAAGUAUAUCAAGCAGUCCAUCGCCAUCGCGUUCAAGGUCACGUUCUCCUGUUCGUGGUAGAAGGAGUAGUGUAUCGGAUAAGAGUAGUAGCAAGUAUCGUACAAGAUCACGAUACUCUCGUGAUGAUCGUUCACGUUCUCGAUCACGCUCACGUUCUCGAUCACGAUCACGUUCAUUGGAACCACUUCGGGAACGGGAUAAGUGGGAUAAGUAUCGAGAACAGAUCAGACGAGCUGAGGAGACUCUUGAUCGUGCAUUAAAAUUUCACGAAAAGAAUCCUGAGAAACAUCCUUCGUAUCCAGAUGAAUGGAAAAAAUUCUGGAACAGACGAUACAAAGAAUUACAAGCCGAUGGCAAGGACCCAAGUAAACAUGACUUCAAACCAGAAUGGAUUGAAUUCUGGAACAAACGAAUGCGCGAGAUUCACAAUGAACAGUUACAACAAAGAAAGGAAGAAAUAAGAAAACGAUUGGAAUUGUCAGAAGAAAAACCUCCCGAGAAGUGGAUUCCACCGUCAAGUAGACGCGAUAGAUCACCACUUCCCUCAAAACGUAGCAGACAUCGUAUUGAUAGUGACGAUGAGGUAGAAUACGUAGGUACAAAAACAGUUAAAACAGAUUAUUACGAUCGUCACGAUACACGAGAAAGGGAAUACCUUUAUUCUUCUUAUUCGCGAGGAAAAAGUAGUAUGUAUCGUAAUUAUUAUUCUCGAAUUGCACCACGUACCAGACCUAUCCAUUAUGCGACACCCUAUCCUGUAAAAGAUAAAUCACCGAGUCCACCGCCAAAGGAGGAAGUACUGAGCGAAGAUUUAGAAGUGGUAGGAUUAUUAAGACUUCUGACAGCUCUGGAGGGUCAAUUAGGCUCGUUAGGUCCUAAAAUAGUGUCACUUUUAUCGCGAGCAUUAGCCGCUGAAAAAGCUAAGCCCAAUUCUGCUGAAGAAUUGCUUUACGACGAAGAAGUUAAUGUAUUGUUCGAAACAGUUAAAGAGAAGUUAAAGGGACAGCUUUUUGCUGGCAUGAUCGAAAAAAUGGCUAUCGCUCCGACGAAGACAGCGAUACAAAAUAUAGCCCAAUUAUUACACAAGGCAACUGAAAGUAAGAAAAAGAUGGAAGAGGAAAAAAAGAAAAAACACGAACUUUUGGAAGCAAGUAGAACUAGCAAUUUUCUAAGUGGAAGAACUGUGUAUCCUAGACCUAUAGAGAUGAUUACACCACCAAUUCAUUCCGAGCCAGUCACUGUUCCUGGCGUUGGUACUGUAGAUAAAGUUGCAAUAGCUCAUCAAAUAGCUGCUGCUCUUGUUGCACAAGGUAGAUCGAAUGUGUCUCAGGAAGAAUUAGAAACAUUAAUUAAUGCGGUAGUUGGUAUGGCUGAAGCAUCAAAACACUCGGACAAGCCUGUUACUACGGCUGAUUUUGUGAAAAGUUUGCCUAGUGGUGGUACCGGUGUUGUAACUAGUAGUAUUACAAGUGGUGUCACAAGUGGUAUCACAAGUGGUCUCGCAACUGGAACUAGCACUGGCACUUUUCAAAAUAGUAUAUCGACAUCCGUGUCUACUUUGAAAACCCCGACAUUAACAGAUACCGUAGAUCAAGUUUCAAGAAUGGAGAAUUUAUCGGAUACUGAUUUAAAGACAUUAUUACAAAAUUUUAAAGAUCUGAAUACUCACGAACAACACGGUCUUAUAAAUUUUCUGAAAAAAUUAGAAGCUACUGACUUACCCAGGGUAGAAAAAUUAAGAGCAUUCGUUAAUUUAAGCAUAGCAAUACCUUCUAGUUUACCACAAACAAAAAAAUCACCUACACCUGAACUAAUCGAAUUGUCGACGACGACGACGAGUAAGACUAACAGAAAAGCUUCGCCAUUUUCAAUGCGUAAGGGAAAUCAAAAUCCGUCUGAAGAAGAAAACAAGUGGAUACCUAAAUUAGAUAUGUUUGCUAACGAUGACGAGGAAGAACAACAACAACAACAACAAAAGAAGGAAGAAGAUAAGUCAAAAGUGAAAUUAGAAUUAUCAGACGACGACGACGAUUAUAGUUUCGAGGACAUUUACAAAGCAGCUGAUAAAAAUGUAAACGAAAGUGAGAAAGGAAAGAAAAAGACACGUGCUUUUUCUAAAUCUAUUUCAAAAUCACCUCGUUCCUGGUCCCGAUCACGUUCACCUUCGCGUUCACGAUCACCAGCAACAAGGACCUCGGACGUCGCCAAAUCUAACGAUCCCAAUGCGAUCCUAAAUGAAACUAAACGUUUAAUAGCUAAUAUUAUGGGCGACCUCCCAAACAAAUACGUACCAAAAUCACAUAUAAAUUUUGCUAAUGAAAAUUCGGAACAACGAUCCUCAGCUUCAAAGAUGAUAGAUCAUAGUUCAUCAUCGAUAGCUACUCCGAUGCAACAAAACUUUUAUAAUCAAAAUUAUGAUGCACCAACUAAUCAACCACCACGACCACAAGCUCCACCGUUAACUUAUCCGAACGUUCCUAAUCAACAAUUCUCUAAUUAUCCACCUCAACCACAAGUUUUUGGUACUAAUCAGAAUUACAUGGACAAUGGUUAUAAUUAUCAAGGAUAUGGUGGCAACAUGAAUGAUCAAAAUCAAUAUGGUCCACCGUCGACUAUAUCACAAAACCAGUAUUCUCCACAGCAAGCAUAUGGUGCUUCCACUGGAUAUGGUGGCCCUCCGAGUGGUCAUCCAUCCGGAUAUCCUCAACAACAACAAUCACCUCAACAACCACCGCAACAAACUCCAUAUGGAGCGUAUUCGCAACAGCAACGUUUCUAUUAAAUAAACACAUUUCAUUCUAUAGAUAGUACUCUAACUAACAACGCGUUUGUCGAUAAGAGAAGGCCAACGAUUAAUAACAAAUUUUAUACAAAUCUCAUUCGAAAUAAUCGAUCGAAACCAAUGUCUUUUACUAUUCAAUCGAUUCAAAGUGAAAUUAUAUUAACAAUUUGUUGUUUCGUCAUCAAAAUAUUACGUAUUACGUAUUACGUACUUAUACGGCAAAGGAAUUUUUUCAUGACAUUUAAGAAUUUCAUUCUUUUAACAAACAUUUAUUUUUGUUCAACUUCAAAAAAGCAAACCAAUUAACUAAUAUUAACUACGUUUUCCAAUGAACACUUCUUCAUUUUUCUUUUUCUCUCGUUCGUCAUGACACCUUCUAACGUUCGAGAGAUUUUGAAGUAUUGUUACAUUGGCUUAUUUUCUUUAUAUACGUGGGUAUCAUCUGUUAAAACGUUUUUUUCUUUUCUUUCUUUCUUUUUCCUUACAACAUUAUUGUCUCGAGAAUAAUCGCGCAAAACCUAUCUCUUUUCUUAACGUGAAAAUUGUACAACAAAAGUGAAUGUCAACGAAUGAAUGUGUUUUAUAUAACUGUUUCGUGUGUGUGCGUGUGUGUAUGUGUGUAUGUGUGCCCGAUCAAUACGUCCUGCGUAGUAAAAGAGUAAGUAAUAAUGCAGUGUGUUAUAUUGAACUGUACAAAAUAUAUAUAUACACAAACACACACACACACUUAUAUAUAUAUACAUAUAUAUAUAUAUAGGAUAAUUCUUAAUUCUCUUGAUCAACAAAUUUGAAGGAAUGGUAAAAGUAUACUAAUGUAAAACAAUUAAAUUGUUGUUCAAUAAGCUUUUAACAAUUUCAUUUU